UCCCGCCAGCUCCAUUCCCCCAUUCAUCUCCUUCCCUUUCGCCCCGCCCUUCGCCCCGCCCCCUCAGCGCUGAUUGGCUGCGGCGCACAGCUCCCGCCCCGCCCCCUCCGCUGCCGGCCGCGGGUGGGGAGCGACUGCGCAUGCGCAGGUGACCCCCCCCCUGCUCCAGGGACCCCCCCCCCAGCCAUGGCAGGUCGGGGUCGGGGCAGGGGUCGAGGCCAAAUGACCUUCAACGUGGAGGCUGUGGGCAUCGGGAGGGGGGAGGCGCUGCCCCCCCCCACCUUACAGCCCCCCCCCCUCUUCCCGCCGCUGGAGCUGCGGGCGCUGGCGCUGCGGGGGGGGGGGGAGCAGGCUGAGUACACCUUGGCCCUGAAGCAGGAGCUGCGGGGGGCCAUGAAGACCCUCCCCUAUUACAUCAAACCGGGACCCCCCCGCAGAGACAUCGAGCGCUACUCAGACAAGUACCAACUCUGCAGCCCCAUCGACAGUGCCAUCGACUGGCAGCCAGACUGGAGGAGGCUGCCCAGGGAGCUGAAGAUCAGAGUGCGGAGGCUGCGCAAGGGCAGGGCCACCAUCCUCAUCCCCAGGUGCCACCAGCGGCUCCCACUGGACAAGGAGGAGACCAUUAAGAAGCUGGAGAGCCUGGAGAAGAAGGAGGAGGAGGUGACAUCAGAGGAGGAAGAGGAGAAGGAAGAGGAGGAAGAAGGGAAGGAGGAGGAGGAAGAGGAAUACGACGAAGAGGAGCACGAGGAGGAGACUGAUUACAUCAUGUCCUACUUCGACAACGGAGAGGACUUCGGCGGCGACAGCGACGACAACAUGGACGAGGCUGUGUACUGAGCUGGCACUGCCC